CAGAACAUUUUGUCAACUGAAUGAGAGGAAAGUCACUUAUAAAAAAUAUUCAUCGCCAAUUUAUAAAAUCCUUUCAAAAUCAUUGGAGUUAAUUAGUUUUAAUUUCUUCAGUUCUAAGGCAAAUGAAAAGCUUAAAAAUAGUAACAAUUUAACAAAACUAAAGGAUGAGAAAAAGGAGAGAGAGAUUUGCCUAAGAGAGCAUACCGAGAAAAUCAGAAAACAGAGGAAAAAUAAACAGAGAAUAUCUGAUAAAAGGCAGAUUGAUUUAUCAAUCUGGACCGUUACCAUUUAUCUAACAAACGGAGAUAAAAUAAUUCAAGCAAUAGCUACACCACAUAUUAGAUACAAUCACUUCUCUCUAUGCAUUUGUAGAUGUGAAUGUAAACAAGGGACAUGUCAUUGUUUUAAAAAAUUGAAAAUGAAUUGUAUACCUUCAUUAUAAGUAAUGAUGUCUUGAUCGUCUUCUACUUUUUCUCUCUUACUAAUACCUGCUUCAUGUAUUUGACUUUAUUACUCAUGGGUACAUAAAUAAUACUAAGGUAUAAAAUUGAGCUUAAUAGUUUAUGUAUACAUUUAACCUUUUCGAAAAUCUUGAAUAGCAUUGGAUACUUUUGGAUCAUUUUAAACAUCUUUGCAAGUGACACUGGUGGAAUGGAGUUUCGUUAUUCUGCCCAUUCUUUGAUUUGCUGUAAAAGUGUAAACCAGAUGCUAUUUCAAUUAAAGAGUUAGCACUAUACAAAAAUUCAAGUGAACUCCCACAAUUAUAAACCUGGAAUGUGUUACAAAUACCAUAUUUCACAAGCUCCUUAAAGCAUUACUUAUGUUUUGUCAUCCAAGAGUGAAGAUGAAUACAAAAAUCUGGAAAAUUAUAUUAAUCCAUGACAGAGAGCUAGAAACACUGUAUUUAUUCAUGCAUUUAAACAAGGGGAUGAUGAAUUUAAUAAUGAGUAUUACCAUCUUUUUGAAGAAGCUUGACUAGAAAACGAUAUCAGAACUUCAUGAAGCUUGAAGGAGAAGAGGAAUCGAACCCUAAUUAAGUUAGCCGAUACCAAAAUAAAAUCGGUCUAUGCUUGAUUUGGGCUAGGGUUAUUACCUUAGAUUUUGCUCUCGACCCUUAGAAAUUGCUCCUCUCAUCCUUCUUUGCCGCUCAAGUCAGUUCUGUUUGCCGCUUCGAGCUCGUCCUAGUCGCAGUUUCAAUGGGAUAAUUGAAUGGAAGAGCUCCUCUAAACCUAAACCUGCGUUAAGGACUUAGGGCUAGAAAAGAAGUGCGGGCAUGGGCCCUAAAAGGCGUGGCAGGACUUCCCAAGAUGUUCUGGGCCGAUGCAGUGAACACAGCAGCGUACUUAAUCAACAGAGGACCCUCAUCUCCCAUUGGUUUCAAAAUUCCAGAAGAGGAAUGGAAAGGUCGUGAGGUAUCUCUUAAUCACUUGAAAGUUUUUGGUUGUAUUUCUUAUGUCAAAGUCAGAGAUGCAGAUAGUGACAAGCUUGAGGCAAAGGCAAAGAAGUGUAUCUUUAUUGGGUACGGGUCGGAUGACAUGGGCUACAGGUUCUGGGACAACCAAAGCAAGAAGGUUAUCAGAAGUAGAGAUGUCACCUUCAACGAGAAUGCUCUUUAUAAAGAUGGUCUUGCAGCAGGAACAAGCAAAGGCAAGCAACCGGAAAACAAACAGCAAGUGGUGUUUGAAGGGAUGACUGAAGAUGACAUAGCACAACCAGUCGGUUGUGAUGAGACGGCUGGAGGCUCAGGGAGCAGUGGGAGCUCAGGAGAUACAGGAAUGUCUGAAGAUAGUGGGAGUGAUGAAGACAGUGGGAGUUCAGAGGCAGCUACUCCACACAUCAGACAGUCCACCAGAAUCAGGAGACCUCCUAACAGGUAUUCUCCUUCAGCAAAUUAUCUAUUGCUGACCGAGAAUGGAGAGCCAGAAUCUUACUCAGAGGCGUUGGCUGUAAGAGAUUCCAUACAGUGGAAGAAGGCCAUGAAAGAUGAGUUAGAUUCACUUGACAAGAACCAAACUUGGUCCUUAGUCAAGUUACCACCGGGAAAGAAAGCAUUGGAAAAUAAGUGGGUUUUCAGAAUUAAAGAUGAAGCAGAUGGAAGCAAAAGAUACAAGGCCAGGCUAGUUGUCAAGGGGUUCCAACAGAAAAAGGGGGUUGACUACAAUGAAAUCUUCUCCCCGGUUGUGAAGAUGACCACUAUCAGGUUGAUUCUUGGUAUCGUUGCAGAUGAAAAUUUACACUUGGAGCAGCUGGAUGUGAAGACUGCUUUUCUUCAUGGCAACCUUGAAGAAGACAUUUACAUGGCUCAACCGAUAGGUUUCUCAGUGAGUGGUAAGGAAAAGUUGGUGUGCAAACUCAAGAAAAGUCUAUACGGAUUGAAGCAAGCUCCCAGACAGUGGUACUUGAAGUUUGACAGUUUCAUGCAGCGGAAUGGGUACACUAGAUGCAAGAUGGACCAUUGCUGUUACUUGAAGAAAUUCAAGUCAUCAUACAUUAUUCUUCUUUUGUAUGUUGAUGACAUGUUGGUGGCUGGAUCAAACAUGCAGGAGAUCAACGAGCUCAAGAAGAAGUUGUCCGAAGAAUUUGAGAUGAAGGAUUUAGGGGAGGCGAGACAGAUUCUUGGGAUGAGCAUAGUCAGAGACAAGGUGGAAGGUACUUUAAAGCUUUCACAGCAGAAGUACAUUCAGAAAGUCCUUGAGAAGUUCAGAAUGACGGAUGCCAAGCCAAGGAGUACACCUUUAGGGAGUCAGCUGAAACUC